UGCAGCCAACUAUGCUGUCAAAAUGUGUCACUGAAAGUGCGAACCGGUCGCUAGUAUUAUUUGCUACAUAACUGUAGCUAAGGCGCACGAUUUUAGCAUUGACUAUCAAAGCCCUCUAAAGGUAAAGAAAUAACUUAGUGUUCUUAAGCUCGCUCCUUACUCGAUAGUUCUCGUUAGCUAGUUAGCUAGCCUGGAGAGAAGGGCAAUAGCAACGAGAUCCAGAUGCGGCUGAAAGAUCCAUUUUCUUUAAAAGCCGCCGAUAUGACAAAGCGGUCUAACAAGCCGAAAAAACCUCGGGAUGAGGAGUCAUCGGAUGAGGUUGGCGGCUUGACGUGUCAGCACGUGAGUAAGGCGGUGGACCUGAACUCCGUGAAGAAAGCCGUGACGGGCAGUCUUUGGUCUGUGUGCUCCGAGUGCCUGCGGGAGAGGAACAUGUUUGAGGGAGAACCUGUUGGUGCUCAUGAUAUCCUCGUGUGCCUCAAAUGUGGUUUUCAGGGUUGUAACCAAUCAGAAAGCCAGCACUUAACCAAGCAUCAACAGGCUCAUCAUUCUGAAUCUCACUGCAUCACCAUCAGUCUUAGCACAUGGAAGGCCUGGUGUUUCGUAUGUAACGAGGAGCUGUCCACACAUUGCAAUAAGAAGGCCCUGGCCCAGACGCUUGACUUUCUCCAGAAACACUCUGUUAAGACAACCUCAGGAACAGCAUCUAAAAUCAUCAAGCUCCGAGAGGAAGUGCCGGAAUACGCUGACCCCCAGAGGGGGAAGAGUACAGUCAAUAGCACACUCAUCCCUGUCAAAGGCAUCACCAAUCUGGGCAACACCUGCUUCUUUAAUGCCGUCAUGCAGAACCUAUCCCAGACACACAUGCUGAAUGACCUCAUCCAGGACGUGAAGGAGAAAGGCCACAAGUUGAAGAUCUGCCCACCCCCUGAGACAAACUUGGCCCCGCUGACCGUGGCAUUGCCUAGUCCCGAACCCCUCACCUCUGCCAUGUUCCUCUUCCUCCAAAGCAUGAAGGAGCCCGGCAAAGGCCCUGUCUCCCCCAAGAUCCUCUUUAGCCAGCUCUGUCAGAAGGCUCCACGGUUUAAGGGUUAUCAGCAGCAGGACAGUCAGGAGCUGCUUCACUACCUGCUGGACUCAAUACGGGUGGAGGAGACCAAGCGGGUCAAAGCGGGGAUCCUCAAAGCAUUUAAUAACCCCACAGAGAAAACGGCAGAUGACGAGACCAAACGCCAAGUCAAAGCGUAUGGGAAAGAAGGUGUGAAGAUGAAUUUUGUUGAUCGCAUCUUUGUUGGAGAAUUGACCAACACUAUUAUGUGUGAGGAAUGUGAACAUAUCUCCACAGUUAAGGAGGCCUUCAUUGACAUCUCCCUUCCUAUCAUCGAGGAGAGGAUUUCCAAACCCACCAAUCCUGGCAGAGGCGGGAAAUGUGGCCGGGAACAGGAUCCAUUGCCCUCCCAUGGAGAGGAGACGUCAGCAGCACAUUCUCAGGGAAACAGGAACAGCAGAAGGUUGAGUGGACAGAAACUGCAUAGCCGAAGAUUGUCUUCUGGCCAAGAGGACAGAGGAGCAGACUGUUUCUCCAGCCGGCAGGAGGAGGAGCUUUGUGUGGCCGGGCAUGGAUUGGGUGGUUUGCGAACGGGCGGGUCAGGCAGCCAAUCGGACGGCAGCGAGAAAAACUCCAAUCCUCAGGACAGCAGCAAUGACGCCGACAGCGAGGCCUCGGAGAGCGAGUGGUCACCCCGGGUCCCGGCCGCUCCGACCCACAGCGCCGCCGCAGACAGAACCCUCGUUCAAACCCCCGGCCCGAUCACCGCCCCCACCCUCAACCAUUACCCAAACCCAAACCCGUGCCCCGUGUCCCUGCCCUCCCUCAGGCCGCACCAAGGGGGCGCUGUGGAGCAGCUCGUCAGCGCCGUCUCUAAGCUGGGAUUGGUCCACACGUCGGCGGAGACUCUGCCCAUUGGACACAGCUCAGAGGAUCAGGUGGAGUCCCAGCCAAAGGAGAGACUGCAGCAGCAGCAGCAGCAUCAGCACCAUCACCACCACCAGGGGGCGUUCCAGGCACUUUCCCACAGUUACACGCCCAGUUCCAAAGAGUGCUCUGUCCAGUCCUGUCUGCACCAGUUCACCUCCGUGGAGCUGCUCAUGGGAAACAACAAGCUGCUGUGUGAAAACUGCACCGAGAGAAAACAGAGGCAGCUACGGAAGAGUGGAAGCACAGAGAAGAAGGCAGAGAAGGUCUACACUAGCGCGCGCAAACAGAUGCUCAUUUCGGCCUUGCCUCCCGUGGUCACCCUUCAUCUCAAACGUUUUCAUCAGGCGGGGAUGAAUUUGCGGAAAGUGAAUCGUCAUGUCGACUUCCCCCUUAUCCUGGACCUGGCACCGUUCUGCUCUGCGUCGUGUAAGAACUCCGGCUCAGGCGAGCGUGUGCUCUACAGUCUGUAUGGGAUCGUGGAACACAGCGGUUCCAUGCGCGGCGGCCACUACGCGGCUUACGUGAAGGUACGCAGCCCUCAGCGGAAACCAGAGCAACGCAGGAACCAGUCAGGUACCCGAGAGGCCGUCUCCGCCCCGCCGGGCCAGUGGGUGUACGUGAGCGACACCAACGUCCAGACCGUUCCGGAAUCCAGAGUGCUCAACUCUCAGGCUUAUCUGCUCUUUUAUGAAGAACUGUUGUAGGACUGCAGGGAACAGCUCCACCUCCAGCCGUCUCCAAGACAACAAGGAACAGAAAACCUGCUGAAGAUCUAUCUGCGUCGGUCCCUAAAGAUCACAGGGCUCACAGUGCAUGCCAGUGGUCCUGAGCAUGGGGAGAAAAAGGGGAGGUUCUUAUGACAUCAUAGCCAGACCAUAAAGCACUGGAGCUCCGCCCACGUCGUACCAUCGGGGCCAAUAGAGUAGUUUGUUUUCUGCUGUCUGUUAUUCAUAAAAAAAACAAGAAAAAAUUGGAAAGAAUGGUAGAAAGGAGCGGGGUUCGUGGGAUUCAGGAGAAAUGCA